CCUCGCUCCGCUGGGAGCCCGGCCCGGCCCGGCCCGGCCCGGCAGCGAGCCCUCCUGGCAGCGAGGAACCCGGGCCACACGGGGGCAGCUCUGGGCUCUUCUCUGUUUCGCGAUGUCUCUGCUCGUGGGGGCUCCUGCUGGAGACAGGCUAGAGACGUUCAGCCUGGAAGAGGCUCCGGGGCGACCUCAGAGCCCCUUCCAGAGCCUAAAGGGGCUCCACGAAAGCUGGAGAGGGACGGGGUACAAGGACAUGGAAGCAGGACAAGGACAAGGGGGAGCAGCUUCCCAGUGCCAGAGGGCAGGGAUGGAUGGGAUAUUGGGAAGGAAUUGCUCCCUGUGAGGAUGGGCAGGCCCUGGCACAGGGUGCCCAGAGCAGCUGUGGCUGCCCCUGGAUCCCUGGAAGUGUUCAGGACCAGGUUGGACGGGGCUUGGAGCACCCUGGGAUAGUGGAAGAUGUCCUUGCUCAGGGCAGGGGGUGGAAUAAGAUGAGCCUUAAGGUCCCUUCCAGCCCAAAGCACGGGAUUCCACAGAUGUGCUCCUUAGGUGUUUUAGGUGGCUGUAGCAUGUAGUCACAGGGAAUGAAGGUAUGAGAUGAAUAAGCAGCUAAAACAAAAGCAUUUUAUUCUUUGUCUUCUUUCCACUUUGCUCGUGCCUCUUGUGUCCUCAUUUUCCAUCCCUCUGGAGAACCCUUUGUGCCUGAUUGGGCACCACCACUAAAUCUGGGCUCCACUGUGUGCCCAGCUUCCUCCAGGAACAUCCGGGACCAGCUGCCUCUGGGCAGAAUUUUGGUCCCUCCUGACAGCUGACAAGUGUGAAAGCAGGCAUUGUCUCUGGAGAUACAGCCAGAACUUUUUGUUCACAUGGCAGCAGCAAACUCUUCUCCACCUGGUUCUCUGGAUCUAAACCAGCCUGGGUUUGCAAAGGAGAUCCUGGGAACUAAACUGGAGGUCAAAUACCUGUGCUCUGAUUGCAAGAACAUCCUCAGGCGGCCGUUCCAGGCACAGUGCGGCCAUCGCUACUGCUCCUACUGCCUGAAGAAAAUCAUCAGUGCUGGACCUCAAAAGUGUGCCAGCUGUAUCCAGGAAGGAAUAUAUGAAGAAGGAAUUUCUAUUUUGGAAACAAGCUCGGCUUUCCCAGACAACGCGGCGCGGCGGGAAGUGGAGAGUCUGCCUGCUGUCUGCAUCAACAGCGGCUGCACCUGGAAGGGAACCAUCAAAGAGUAUGAGGCUCAUGAUGAAGUCUGCCCUGAAUUCCCGCUGACUUGUGAAGGCUGUGGGAAGAAGAUUCCCAGGGAGAAGUUUCGGGACCACGUGAAGACGUGUGGCAGAUCUAAAGUACCUUGCCGGUUCGAGGCUGUGGGCUGUGCUGAGGUGGUGGAAAAUGAAAAGCUCCCCGAACAUGAAAGGAAGUGUUUGGCAGAGCAUCUCUACAUGCUUCUGAGCUCUGUGCUCAGCCUCAAGACUGGUGCUGGGGAUCUGAAACCUCUUCCUGUCCCUUCCUCAUCACAAAACAGCUCCCCACUUCUGGCAGCAAACUCACUGUGCUCAGAGUCAGAGCUCUCCCGGUCCCUGGAGCUCUUGGGAAGGUGUGAGGCGCUUGAGAGGAAAACAGUUACCUUUGAGAACAUUGUCUGUGUGCUUAACCGGGAGGUGGAGAGAGUGUCCCUGACAGCUGAAGCUUACAGUCGCCAGCACCGGCUGGACCAGGAGAAAAUCGAAACACUGAGCAACAAGGUCCGGCAGUUGGAGAGGAGCAUUGGGCUUAAAGACCUGGCCAUGGCUGAGAUGGAGGAGAAGAUCCGCAACAUGGAGGCUUCCACCUACGAUGGGGUUUUCAUCUGGAAGAUAACAGAGUUUGCCCGGAAGCGUCAGGAGGCGAUAACAGGCCGCUCUCCUGCCAUCUUCUCUCCAGCUUUCUACACCAGCAAGUACGGCUACAAGAUGUGUCUGCGCGUGUACCUGAACGGGGAUGGCACCGGCCGCGGGACCCACCUGUCCUUGUUUUUUGUGGUGAUGAAGGGACCUAACGAUGCGCUGCUGCGGUGGCCCUUUAACCAGAAGGUCACCCUGAUGCUUCUGGACCAGAAUAAUCGGGAGCACAUCAUUGACGCCUUCCGCCCUGACGUGACAUCCUCAUCCUUCCAGCGCCCUGUCACGGAGAUGAACAUUGCCAGUGGCUGCCCCCUCUUCUGCCCUGUGUCUGUCAUGGAAGCCAAGAACUCCUACGUGCGUGAUGAUGCCAUCUUUAUUAAAGCCAUCGUUGAUCUCACGGGCCUCUAACCCUCCUGACCUUGGAGCAGAGAGCAUGGAGCCAGCACUGCCCAGGGCAUCUCCCGCUUGUGCUGCACUUCAGGCGGGUCUUAGAGCAAGAGGAGGGGGCACAGAGAGGGGAAAAGCCCUUCCUGAAAAGGGACCUUUGCUCUGAGUGGAAACAAGGUGUCUGAUGGGAGCCCUCUUUCCUGAGGAAAGGGUUGGGUGGACACUGGCAGGCUGUGGAAUAUGGAAGAUUCCCUGCAGGGACUUGGGUGUCUGAACUGCUGCUGUCUGGACUCCAGUGGAAACCAGUGCAGCUCUUGCUCUACCAGUUUAGCCGACAUCCACAGCUCUCUGUAGUAAAAAAGUGGUUUUCCCUGCCUGAGCUCCACCUCCUGUGGAUUUUGGCUCAGCUGUCUAGGAUUUCCUUCUGAGAUCUCCGUGUUCCUGGAAGUUGUGCGCUGUGGGGUGCCAUGGCUCUGCACUGCUGGUUGCUCCACACCCUGGGAGACAAGGAGGGUGUGUGACAGCUGCAGUGCCAGCUGGGCAAGGGAGACACAGACUGGUUUGAUGCUGUUGGUGUGUUAGGAGAGUGCUGAGCCCAGCUGCAGGGCAGGGAAGUCCUGAGUCCAGCCCUUGCUGGGUGUGUGAUGGGUGGUGUGUGCUGGAGUGUGGAAUGGGGCAGGAGGUGCUGCUGGCCUGGAGGGACCAUGGGGCAGCACUAGGGUUGCCUGUGGGGAAGGAGAAGUGAAUCUACUGUGGAGAUUGUCCCUCCUUUGCCAGGAGAGGAGGGUGACACAGAGCUCAGUGUGCACCCUGAGAGCUCCAAGCCCUCCCCCUCUCUGCCAUGUGGGCCGAGCAACACUGGGUGGGAUGGGUGCUGUGCUGGGAGCUGUCUUUGCUCAUAGGCAAAGACACAGGCUCUGAACUGGCUUUGCUCCCACCAUGGGACAGCUCCACCAUCCUUCCCGGGCUCUUGCUGCUGUUGAGCUCCACGUCCAUCUGCGGCCACGCUGCUGUGUCUGUCUGGGCUUUGGGAUGGGUACUGUCAGCCCCUGCAUUCUCACAGUGCCCGCAGCCACCAGCAGCAGGCCUCCCUCACUGUUCCUCCCCAUCCCUGAGCUCAGGUGUCAGGGCCACCUGGUUCCAGGUGUCAGCACCCUGGAGCUCUUCCUUCACUCGGCCCCACAUUGAACCUGCAGCCACCUAGGUAGGAUCUGGGGGCUGGAGAAGUGAAGUGUGCUGUCCCCUUUCUGUCCUUGGGCUCCUUCCCUCUGGGCAGCACAUGCUCAGCAACCAUGAGGAGGUCUCUCUUGGUGUUAGUGGAGAAAAACUGGCUGCUGCAUCCCUGCAUCAUGCCCUCUGCAGCUUUGUUGUGGCCAUGGGUAGCUCUGGAUGGGCCCUGAUCCAGGGUGGACUCAAAGCUUUGUUGCCUUCUUUGCCACAUCCCUGUCAGUGGCUGAACAUGCCACAGGAGAUGUUUUGUUGGUGACAGGAACCAGCUGUGAACACCCUGCAAUGAUCAGGGACCCUGGCUGGCUCUUGCGCUGCUCCUCGGGCAGUGGGGCUGGAGCAUGGUCAGUGUCCUCGAUGGCUGCCAGGGAUUGGCCCUCCACUGCCAGCAGCUCCUGCCAGGUGCCCAGCCCAGGUCUGAUGGCUGCAGAGCCUGCCAGGCUUGAGGUCUGCUCACACCUUGGCUCUGGCACAGCCACCCUGAGGGAUCCAGAACACUGUCAGGCUCUGCCCUGGCAGGGAGCCCUGUCUGGCUGUCCCCCGCCAUGUGCUGGCACUGCCCUGACCUGCCCCUGGGACUGUUUGGAAUGUCCCUGCCCAGGAACUCAGGGGCCUCUAACCCUCCUGACCUUGGAGCAGUGAGCAUGGAACCAGGAACUUGAGCAGUGAACAUGCCCAGGAACUCAGGGGUGCCCAAUGCCCUGCAGGCUGAGCUGGACCCUGGCCCAAGCUGAACCUCUUGCACCCACAGCUGCUGUGCUGGCCAGAGGCUCUCCAGACAGGUGCUGGGGUGACCUGUGAGCCCCCUUUGGAAUCGCUGCAUGGGUCUUCUCACAGGUGUGUGUGCAGGGUCUGAGGACAGACCCAGCCCCUGCUGUUGGGGGAGGGGGACAGAAGCUGGUGACAGCACAGCCUGAGGUGGGAGAGGAGUCACAGGACCCUUCCCUUUGUGCAAGCCCCUUCCAGCCUGUCCCAAGGGACAGAUCAAGCCCUGUGUUGCUGCUCUCACCCUGUGCCUUAUGAGAAAAAUUCAGGCUAGCAGAGCCCUGUUCCCAUCUACAGCAGCUCCCCAGGGAUGUUUGGAAAAGCCUGGGAAGGGAGAGGAAGGUCAGCUCUGCUCAUAGAAUUGCUGGGAAUUGUUAUGUGGGGGGGAGCUUGUUCUGUGUUGAUCAGAAUGUCUGCUUGUAGGGUGCUGCCUGCAGCGGGGCUGGGGGCUCUGGCCAGGUAGUGCCAGGAGGGACUGUGGAGACGCUGGCUCAGAUGGGGGGGGCGGGUCUGGGCUGCUUUCAGGGUGGGAAGUGGUCCUCCUACCCCAGCACAUGUUUGGAAGGUCUGUGGGAGAGUCAGUGGUGCAGCAAAGCUCAGGCUGAGCUCUUCAGGCCACGGGCUUACUGCUGGAGGGGAAAGAUGGGCUGUCAGCCCCUCCUGACAGGGGCUUUUUCCUCCCCACCCUUCAGGUACUGCUGAUGCUGUCCGGGCCUUUUUUGGCUCUUAGCAGCUCUGGAGCUGGCAACAGGAAUUGUGCUUAUGCGCUGCAGGCAGGGGCCCAGCCCCUUCCUGGGCACAGCUCUGGCCACAUGGACAAACACUGGACACAAGCCACCACUGGAGUUUUGUGUUUUUUUUUUUUUUCCUUUUGACUACACCAUCUCAGCCUGGCACUGUGAACUAGGAUUUGUUUUCCUUGAGGGUGUAGUAUGGUGAGAACCACUAAUAAAAGCUGUUUGAACAGCA